AUGAAGGUUGUAACUAUAAGUUGUUGUGGUCGUUACAACUACAGUUUUGUGGUAUUACAAGUUGUAAGGUGUACUGAGAGUGAGAUGUCAUAGUCGUCGUGGUUAUUUAGUUAUUGUUUGUUUGUUUGUUUGUUUUGAUGCGCUCCGGGCGACGCGUACGAUCCCGCCGGAUUUCUUUGUGCUCUGUGUGUGUCGUGCUAUGGUCGUCAUUGCGAUCGACUAUGGUUUCAUGUCAGGUCGCCACAGUCCCCGCCAGCUGCGGCUUUUGUGGCAUGCCAGGCGCGGCGUGCUGCAGGCGGCGGCGACUGCGCGUAGGUAGCACCUGGCGGCGAGGCGCGUCCGGGUUUGGUUGACGUUCUUGCGGCCUGCGUGCACUGUUCUUCGCGUUCUCGUUUUGUCUUCGUUCUUUUUUGUCUUCGCGUGCUUCCUUUCUUGUCUCCUCCCUGCUCGUUCUUUGUUCGCCACCACCUAUCUCGGCCCCCGUCCUAUCGUAGCGGGCAGCGAUGGGUUUACCACAGCAGCCGCUACUCGUUUCCCCUUGUCUUCACUGGAGGUGUGGCGGCUGCGCUCGCAAGAACGCACCGCCGAAGCUGGUCGCUAAGUCGCGAAGGUAUGGGAUUAGCCGCUUCGGGUUCGACGCAGCCACCCCAACAUUCGCCGGAACUCCGUGGGCCUCUACUAGAGCCUGGAGCGCAGGGCACUCUAGUAGGUGCUGCGUGCUUGCCGCAAGGCCAGGGCAAAACGGGCAGCCAACGUCCUCCCCGGUGACUCCGCUCGCCAAACGUCCCAGCCUGAAGGCAUAGCAUCGCCGCUCGUCUUCCCGCGAGCACGUUACGCCUCGCAGGAGGUCCUUGCCGCAGCUGCCUGUGUCUGUUACGGUCUUGGCCGUCUUGCUCCCUGUGCGUGCUGCUCCGCUUAUCUGGCGCGACUUGGCUACGCGAAGUACCCUCGCGGCCUCCGUGCGGUACUGCCUGUGGCCGAUCGCCUGUCCCGUCUCGGCGGGGAAGUCCGAAGAGCUUGCUAUUCCGGCUAGCUGGUCAGCGAUCUCGUUGCCGAUGACGCCUGAGUGCCCGCGGGUAAAUCUCAGCUCUAGUCUGCCCGCUGGUCCGAGUCUUGUCAGGGCAGCACGAAGAGCCGAGUACAGGGCUGUGUCGUUGUCGUUCCUAAGUGCUGGGUUUAAGAUCGCGCGCAAGUUGGACUGGCUAUCGGUUACGAUGACGACCCUUUGGCCAGGGGUAGCCCUGGCGCCUAUCCCCCACAGGGUCGCCUCGAUUGCCGAUCUCUCCACCUCGAAGGAGUCACACAGCGGCCCGCAGUCCCAGGCGGAGCCGAAGUAUCCAGCGCUACUAUACCAGAAGGCCGCCGCACCACCGCGAAAAUCGGAGACCGACCCGUCUGUGUAGACCGUCACGGCUGCUUUGCUCAAAGCGUCGACGAGUGCGGGGGCGCCACCUGCUGCGCUUGGCUCGACGAUGAGGCGCCCGUCCUCCUGCGCCACAUGUACGCUAGAACAGCCGUCACCUGCAUGCGCGGCAACCUCUGGCAGCACAGUCGACUUUGCUGCGUGCGAUGCUCCGCACUGGAUGAUCCUUCUCCCGGACUGGAUCCAUCCGACCCCGGGGUGCCUGUCUACUAGUUGCCGGAGGAGGUCUGCCUUGGGGCGCGAGCUUGCCCGAGCGACCACCGACGCCGCGUCGACCGUGUACUUGUCUUCGAAUGUCGCCAGCCCCGCCAAGGCGAGGGCGCACUCCCGCUGUGCGUUCCCUGGCUGCCCCAAGAUCAGGCAUGCUGCGCGGUACUGGAAGCCCUCGAGCUCUUUCCUUUGCUCUGCGGUCAGCCUUCCCCAAUAGCACACCAACCCAUACGCCGCUGCUGCCUCGACAAAAAGCUGAUGCAUCACGCGGAUUUCUCGAGCGCGGCUCCAGGACUCCCUGGCAAGCUGCCGCGCAGCUGCCUCCCGGCGUCGCAUCUUAGCGACGAGCGCCUCGAAAUGCCUCCCGAACGACCACCGGCGGUCGACGACGAUUCCGAGGAACUUCGGGCACGGGUCGUAGUGGAUCUGCACCCUCCCAGCCGAGAGGCUAAGCUCCGGCAUCUCGCACGCAUACUGCUCCUGGAAGACAAUGUAGGAGCACUUUCCUGGCGACAGCUGUGCGUUACUAGACGAACAGAACGCAGCCACGAAGUCUAGGGCCGCCUGGAGCUCCCGCUGCCCGGCAUGCGGGUCCGUGUACUCGACCGAGAGGACGAUAUCGUCGACGUAUCCAAACACUUCGACGCCAGGGCAGCGCGCUCGGAGCUCAACCAGGAGGGGGUCGAUAUAGUGCCCCCACACCGAUGGGCCGCUGACUGUUCCCUGCGGAACGCCUUGCUCCAAGUCGACCCUCGGCGAGAGCGCCUCCGCGAAACGCACGACCCUUGUCCGCCCAGAAACGAAAGCCCCUAGCCAUCGGGCUAUCAGGAGGAACUGCUGUCUGUCACUAGACCUGGCCGGCCCACUGCCCAUGGCUGUUGUGUUUGUGGCGCUGAAACUGCUGCGCUUGGCAAGUAGGCGGUUGACGAAAAGGUCCGGCGGGACACGCUCGAAGGCCCCUGUGAGGUCCAAGAAAACAGCCGCCCGUCGUUUGUGCUUGCGGAAAGUCUCCUGAACCUUGACUGCCAUGGCAGCCACAUGGUCAGGCGCUGCCCUUGCUGGUGUGUCACCGUACUGCGCCGGGUCGUACUGAAGGCGGCCAGCAGCCUGGAAGAGCAUCCGGAGGCGCCUCUGUGCGGUUCUCUCGACCACCUUUGCUAGUGUCGACGUCAAUGCAAUCGGACGUAGGCCCUUCGGCUCCGGUACGUUUGCUGGCUCCUUUGCGGGCUUCAGGAUCGGCGUGCACAGCUCGCUGCGGAGUGGGGCCGGCACUACUCCGGUGCUCAAGCUGCCCCGGAUGAAUCUCAGCAGCAGUCUCUUGCCUGCCAUGGGCAUCUCCUGUAGUUGCUGUGUUGUGAUCCCAUCCUCCCCUGGUGCAGCCGCUGCUUUCUGCUGGCUGAGGGCACACACAACGUCGUCCAGGGUGACCGUAGCAACCGCCUCCGCGUCGAGCUCCUCCGCAAAGAUCGUAGCGUUUGCACGCGCCGCCUCCCUCAUCGUCGCCUCCGGAAGACGUGGGUGACCGUCGUAGAAGUGCGCCAGCACCGACGCAAGGUGGUCAAAGAAGACCUUGCCGCAGUACCGCAGUCCCGCGACAGCCUGUUCGCACCUUGGACCUCCCUCGAGCUCACGCAAGACCUCGAAGCACCCCCUUGUUGACUUCUCUGCAGCCUGGACCCGUUCUAGGAAGCGGCUACGGAGACGGGCCCCUUCUGCGUCUGCGACGGCGCUUGAGGCUUCCGCCACCGCCUGACUCCAGAGGGCGACUUCGCUGCUGGUCCUGGCUCGCGCGAGGCGGGUCUGGCACUCCUCUCUGAGCCUUAGCGCCUCCGCAAGCUCUUUCGGCUCCCUCCGUCGUUCGCCCGCCUUGUGCGUUCGCCUGCGUACGUUGACUCUCGGGGUCGCUCUCUUGGACGCGUGGACUAUCGCCCUGUGCAGAUACGUGUACUGGUCCUCUAUGCGUGCCGGGAAGGGGUUUGCCUCCGUGAAGGCGCGGUAGUCCUCUCUGUAGAGAUCCCAGUUCGUGUUGCGGAUGUCUAGCCGGACCCUGUUGCGUCGCGUGCUCGUCUGCUUCCACUCCUCAGGCCGGAAGGCUGCUCCCUGCGUGGUCGGUGCGGUGCCACAUGGACGGCAUUUCGGGUCGAAAUCCACGCGCGUUCCGCCUUCGGAGCUGGCGGCCAGGCCGCUGCCACGCGACAACCCUACGAAAGCCCCGACUCCGCCGAGAGCGGUUGCUCCCAAGGCUACAAGCCCCAUCCAUCGCGCGACCCCUGGUUUUCCGCUUCUCUCCUCAGGCGGUGGGGCUCGGGGCGGUGUCUUAGCUGCUGUUCGCUGUGCUUCCUCGUACCGCUCCCGCCGGAGCCUCCUCUUUCGUGCGCCGGAGCUCUUCCCCGAUCCUGCGACGGGAUCAAGCCCGCCUCCCGGGGGUGCUCGUCUCUCCUCCUCAGUCGAGUCGUUCUGUCCGGUCACUUGUCGCGUGUUGCUGGUGUUGUCGUCUGUGGCGUCUUUUUGUGCGUCGGUGUGCUGCCGACGGCUCUCUGCUGCUGGUGCCGAGUGCUGCGGCGGGUCGGUCCGCACGGUGGGAGCAAGAAAGCCCCAGGCGGUGGCGUCGGUGUUCGUUCGUGCAUGGUCCUGGCGUGCGCUUUGGUGUGUUUUUGGGACCCACGUCUUUCCCGCCGCGCCAGCCCCUCUGCUCGUGUUUCCGCUUGCUCCUGCUCCUCCGUUCCUGCUGCACUUGCCGGCCCCUCCUGUGCUAGAUGAGCUACUGGACGACGUCGAGGACCCGCCGAUGGUUGGGUCAUUUCCACCCGUGCCUUCGGAGCCCGGCGCGCUGGUCGCUCUCGCCGCACAUCGCGGGGCCAUGUCCGCCUCCGCUGCGAAGGGGAGAUCCGUGAUCACCCCCGCAUGGUCUCCAGCGAGCACCGCAACCGCCGGCCCCCCCGGUGUCAGUGCAGCGGUACGCGCGUGCAGUCUGCCCGAAAGCAAGGUCCAGUCGGGGGACGUUCCGCUUGCAGGCCGCGUCGGAGUACGUGCGUUGGCAUAGACCUCGAGCCCGUUUCUCCUGGCCCAGUCGAGGACCUGCGCUCCCCUCCGGUCCUCCGACGCCGUGGCGAGGUUCUCAGGGCUGUGUCCGUUUACAUCCCAGUGCAGAGCGACGUCCCCUGCUGGUAGCGGCGUUGCGAGCACCUCAGCCGAGCCGGGUGGCGUGUAUACUCCCGCGCUUAGGAUGGACCUCUGGCCGCCAGCGUCGUGGAUCCUCACCGCGGUGUAGGCAUGGUGCCUUCUGGCGAGGUCUCCGCCCCAUCGUAGUUCGCCCCGUGCAUCAGUGACGCGGCCGGCGCACGGCGCGACGGUUGCUGUGCCUCCGUAUCCGUCUUGGUCACAUUGUUGGCACGAGACAAUCGCCCAUCCCGGUAGGUGCCUGGCCACGAAGGUAUUCAGCUGCUCCCGUGUGGCCCACGUCUCCCCGAUGUGGCAGACGUCGCAUGACGUCUUGGUGACGAAGUUUCGCAGGGCAGCCCCCUUCGCUGCUGCCGCGGAGCUGUUCGUUGCGUUGAUGCUCUGCGCGUUCCACCACGCGACCCUUGCGUGCGAUCCUGUGGGACGCGAGGGGACAUCUGACGGGGCGACAGCCGCGCGCAUCUCUGCCUUCUCGACCGGGUCGCAGACCGUGUGUGCCUCGUACGCUUCUAUCUCUGCUGAUCCACGAGCGAAACGCGGUAGGAGGAUGCGGCGGCACUCCGGGUGUGUCUUGCGAACAUGCCUCCUGAUUCCCUCGACCCUGCUGACGUAUCCGCACUCGUAUCGGUUGGCCUUGGACUCCGUACUACACAAGGGGCACGCGAACCGCCUCUCUCCGGCCUUGGUUGUCGGCCCGCCUGUGACGAGGAUCUUCGCCUCAUCUGCAGCCGGCUGGUGUGUUAUCGGCAACACUGACAGGUCGAUCCCGUUCGUCGAGCUCUGCGUGUUGCCUUCGUCCCUCCUGGGCAGGGCGCCGCCGCCGUCACCUUCCCCUCCGUCGUCCGUGGCGCCGAAGACAGCGUCUGCAAUGCCUCCCGCGAGACUGCCCAUCCCCUGGCCAAGGCCUGUCUGCGGCUGCCGGGAAAAAAGGGGCACACUCAGCGACCCAAGCGGGCGCGUGGAGGGUUGUUGUUGUUCCGCCGCCCCCUGCCAGGGGCCAUCGGCUCUGGUGCCGUCGUUUCUGCCAGGGUCUCCCAGGUCGUCUUCGUUUGCUCCUCCGGCUUUGUGCGUCUCGCUGUGUCCCUGCCUCCGGACGUGCGCUCCGGCAUCAGCCCGGGGCCUCUCGCUUACUCUCAGGCCCUCCCGUUUCUCAGCAGCAAUGCGGAAUAGGCAUUCUCCUAUCGCGUUCUCGCUGCCGACGAUGUGACCCCAGUACGUGUAUGCGUAGCUAGCCAGUCCCGCCACGGCGGCACCAGCGCAACGUCCGGCCGCGUCGAAGGCUGGCCCUGUCCCGAACCCAUCGGUGCGCACCACUAGAGACGCUAUCGCCGCGAGGCAGACAGAGGCGAUUGCCCCUCGCAGUCCGUGCCAGUGCAGGUCCUCUCCACUCGCCGGGCCGUACCUCUCUGGCGCCUGCCCCGUGUCGUGUAGCCACGUGCUAUCAGCGCGCCGUGCUCCUACGCCUCGGUUAUCUGCUAACGUGUAGGCGUCCCGUCCACUUCUGCUAGAAAUACCCGCCAGGUAGAAGCCACCUGCUACGUAGACGAAGGCGGCAACCAUACCGACUAAGAGGGCGACGCAGAAGCCUUCUACUCGACCCGCUAGCCUCUGCCAUCUCAUCUCGAGCUGUAGUGCCGCUAGUUCUAUGCGGUUUACGUCUCCUCCCCCUGCUGCCGUUCCCUCCUGCCACAUCGUUCGCUUCGUUGUUGGGUGUCGGCAGCUUCUCUUCUCGUGUUCGUGCUCCUCGAACGCUCUCUCCUCCUCGAGCCCCUGUGCGGAGUUUUCAGCCAUGGCGCCCAUUCUCGGCGGCAUGUCCUGGACGCUUUCAUAUCCACUCGCCGAGCUCCGGUGGAGGUUGGUCUCGGCUGCGGUGGAGCGCGCAUAGCUGUGAGCGCCUCCUUCGCGAUCAGUGGGACUGCAACCACUGGAGGACCAUUCGGGUCUGGCACAGCGCUUAUACAACCAGCUUGCAUCAGCCCGAGGACAGUCCUCUUCUGUUCUCCCUUGUCUGCCGUCUCUGGUCCCGUCCCAUUCCCUGGCGCUGCAGGCGGCAUCGUCUGGUGGUGGUAGAGGCCAGGCGGGUAGCAUGCAUACGGGGAUGGCUGAUACAUCGCUGCGUGUCCUGCGUGUCCCAUGCUCGUUGCGUGUGCUGCACUGUGCGUUCCACUCGGCAUCGGCGGGGUCGGAUACGGAGGCGGCGGCGGUGGUGGUGGCAUCGGCGCAGCCGGCGGGCAGUGGUAGCCCGGUGUCAGUCCUGGCGCUCCUACGUUCGGGCCCGGGUGCACUCCGCCUGGCAUUCCGUUUGGGUAUCCAGCUCCCAUCGGUCCGUUGCCAAACGGUGGCUGGCCGUAAACUGGCAUCAUCCGCAUCCCUGCUCCUCCACCGUAGCCAAAUCCGAAAGCCGCCGGGGGUGGCUGCCCAGGCGGCUGGCCAUUGUGGUGCGGGUACAUCGCUCCUUAUGGUGCCAUUGGUCGCAUAUCGAUUCGCCGGCCAGGUAGCGUAGCGCCGUCACCGCAAGGUAAAUUAGAGGCCGGAUAAGGGAAAACCACUGGAACUGGAGGCCGCAGUACCUGUGCUGUGGUAGCAAUGAGAGUAUCGCUGUGGAGGGUCACGCGCUUCACUACUCAAACGGUAUGGUUAGUACCGUUGGACAGGGUCUUCGCUUCGGGUGGUCACUGGAUGUUCUGCGGUAGGGGCUAAGCCACGGGCCAAGCCUUUGCCGGAGUCUCAGAGGCCAAUCCACGGGCCACGCUUUUGCCGCUUUCUCCAAGGCCAAUCCACGGGCCACGCUUCUGUGCUCUUCGGUCAAAGCCGCAGUCUAGGCUUCUGCGUCCUCAGAGCCGGUCUGCGAGAUCGUACUGGCUUCGCUCCGGAUUCAGAUCGAUCGGCACAGGGUUCUGCGCACCCUGGUGUGUCGCCGUCUUCGGGUGGAGCGAGAUACGGCUGCGCAGUCCUUCUCUGCCUUCGGGCAGGAAGCAGUGCGAUGCGCGGUCUGCUUCUAUCGUUGCCGACUAGCGCUGCACGCGCCAGUCUCGCUACCCAUGGUGUGUUUUUCCCUCUUCGUUAAGCACUUACUCAUUCUAGUCAAUUUCGUCGUUACUCAAUUACUCAAUUACUCAAUGUGUGUGAUCACCACUUCCUAGUAUUUAGUUAUUGUUAUUGUUUCCUUCACAACAUGGACAAACUCUUUUUACAUGAUAAUUCUGGUUUCCUUACAUUUAAUGCCUUUCACGCGAAGAAAGGAUUCAAAGCAGUAAGUAAUACCGAAUAUUGCGAAGCAAAUUAGUAAGGGUGUAUGUUAAAGAUGAGUUUUUUCUUCAAAACUAACCCGUUAGCAGGUUGAAUACGGCCCGUUGGCUUCGAGAUAAGGCCAGGGUGGAGCGCAUGUGAAUGAUAUCAAUUUAGGAUGAAAGAUUUUGCGGAAAGUAAGUACAAAAAGACGCUUCUUAUUGGGUCCUCCAUCAGGAAGUGUAAGUUUUUUUAUCAUCUUCAUCAUUUAUUUCAUCUUCGUUUCUGUGUGUAUCAGACUCGCUCCUUAGUAGGAUGAAGAUUUGUUAUUUGUCAUUCUCACGAUGACGUUCAAAAGAAAACAGUACAACACUUAGCAUCUUCACAUCAAAAUUUUUAUCGCACCACUACUAUAUGUUAUGCCCAAGCAUGCGACCUUCAUCCUCGUCGUGUGCAGUUCUUGCACUAGUUAGAAAAGAACAGGUCUCCAAUGUGUACAGUGAAUCACAAUGUCGGUCAUCGUCUCAUCAUAGGAAAAUGUAGAAUAUCGUUGCAUUUAAUGAACAAUGAGCACAGGCAGUGGUGGAUUCCAUCCAACAAAUUGAAGAAUCUUCUGAUUCACACCAUCAAGUAUUUGAUCAUAACAAAGACGUCUAGAUGAUGAACACAAAAACGAAAAUAGACGCGCCAGCAUUGCAGAGACGGAAAGCGGUUCAGGAGUGGAUAACAGAAGCAAGAGUUAGUGGAUAACCGAAGCAAGAGUUAGUGGAUGACAGAAGCAAGAGUUAGUGGGUAACAGAAGCAAGAGUUGAAACUCUUUCUCUACAUACAGUACAUAGAGUCCCGUCCGAAGCACAACGGCAUGUCGAGUGG